AUGGCGAAGCUCGUCUUUCCUCUGGGCCUGGUUUCGAUCCUCUUUUGUCUCUUGUUACAAAAUGUCCAGGUUGCCUCAGCCGUAAGCCUCACUGACAUAUUCGUCGUCCAAGAUGGGCCAGACAAGGGUGGCUGCGAUGCGUAUUUCGACCAGUCAAAAGGAACAGGGACUCUAGAUGACUGGCACGAAGAGAUCAUCUACAGCCUUACAGAUACCAUUGAUCAAGUAGAUAAACAUUAUUCGACAGAUGCAAGAAUUCAAAAGGCAAUUCAAACGUUCUUUGGUAUCAAUCCCAAGGAUAAAGACGCUCAGAAGAAUGUCAAAAAAAUUAACGAUAACCUAAGAAGUGUUCACGAUUUAUUCAACGUUAGAAAGAUAACCAAAGGCCGUGCGAGAGGUCAACCUGUUUACGGUUUAAACAAGAACCGCUACCUAUUCUGCGGUAGCGACUUCCUGGAAGAAAAAAAGGGGGAUUCGGUAGCCCGAGACUGGCAAGACAAGGAAAUUAAGGAUAGCAAAGGUAACCCCGUCACGAUAGAAAAGGUGCCAGGGUACAGAAAAGCCCUCAAGGAUGACCGUGCAAUUAAACCCUGGUGGUCUGGCGGCAUCAAGGAACCGAAGGGAUACUACUUCUCGACCACAGGCAAAGAUUACUGCAAGAAGAACACGAAGAAUCUCGCGCUCACUGCGGCGAUUAAAGUGUUUACAGGAACCCCCUCCGGCCGGACCACACUGCGGAGGACAAUCGACAUGAUCGUCUUGUGUGGUGAGAGUUUCGCAAAUACCUUAUCACCAGAUUCUUAUAAGCUGGGAAACGCGAAGAUUAAGGCUGGCACCAGCCUUGCAGACGUCGUGCCUAAGAGUAUGACCCUCCUCCACGAGGCAUUUCAUCUCAUAUUCGGGGUAUAUGACGGCAGGAAUACCAAUAUUGGAUUCCUCGAGGGCGCCGACGAGAUAUACGAUCUUGCAGCUUGUAUUAGGCUUGCUAGGACGAGCCGCCCAAAAGCACGCAUGAAUCCCGAGAAUUACGUCUUCUUCGUCACGCAGAUGUACUACCUAUCUGGAAAAUCGAGCGGCACCAACCAACCUUCCGACAUAGAUAAGAACUGGAACUUCAAGAUUGUAAAGCAGGGCUCUAACUAUGUUUACGGGGCAGUCAAACCAUAG